AUGGCUUGCAUGACCUUCAUACGAGGUUUCAGACGUGUUAACUCGUUAAAGUACACUAAAGCAAGCCUUCCUACACGCCACUUCUGUUCUGCAGAAAGUAACGACGAAAAUCAAUCGCACACAGACGCCCGAGACAUUGACGAAAACUCUCUUCCUCGAGGAAGAAACCUCGAAUUGGUUGUGUCAUGUUUACGAGUGGAUAGAGUGAUUGCGAGUGGCCUCGGAAUGGGUAGAAGGUUUGUGUUACAAUGAUCCGGAUUCGCAAGACUUUGGGCUAGAUCUCCAGCCAUGUGAGGAGGCCUUAUUUGCCUCCUCGGACCCAUGAAGCAUUUUUACAAAAUAUAAUUAACUAAUUUAAAAAUGGGCAGUACGACUGAAGACAUGUUACCCUGCUGCCCCUGCACUGACGUCACUUUUCAAACCAGAUACAUUUCCUGUUAUUUUAUUCAUGAUACCUUUUCUGGUUUGGUGAUACCGUGUUCUUAAUCAAAACUCCCGAUGUUUUAAUGGUAUCUUGAAGAGUUGGAAUGCUUUUAAUAUGAGAGUAUCACACACACCCCUGUCCCUCCCUCCCUCCACACGAAUCUUCACAUUCCUCAUCCUCUCACCCCUUAGGAGCAAAUUCACAAAAAAGUUGGGGGUGCUGGCUAUACAGUAACUAGCUUGUUCCAGGCGUUCUGAUCAUAAGGACAGGACAAAGAGAAUGAACGCCUGGAACAGGCUAUACAGAAAAUUGUCAAAUGACUUUUUCUUGUACACAUUUGUGGAAAACUCUUAAUGGGUUUCAUGGCAAUAAAUUAGCUCGGAAACCACAUUAGUGAAGAAGAAACGCACAACUUAAGCAAGGUUAGCUGAUUUUAUUUAAAUCCUUUCACAUGCGUAGGUUACAGAAACUGCAAUCAUAUAUUUUAUCAUAAAAUUCAUUAUAAUUUAAACUUUACAUAACAGUGCCAGUGGUUUCAUCUUUUGAGCUUGGUUCACCUGUGGUUUUCUAGCUCUAUUCAGUCUCUAGCCUCUUCUAUCAUGUAACCCCCUCCCCCCCCCCCCCCCCUCCCUUCCUAUUAACUUACUAAGUAAUUGGUUUUGCAGGAAAGCAAGUGACUAUAUUGCUGCCAGAAAAUUAUUUGUAAACAAGGAGAACUGUAAAAAAGCAUUUUUGGAGGUAAGCUGUUAUGAUCAUUUUUUACCUUUAGCACUGUUAAAGUAGUGCCUUGCAUUCAUUCAAGUGGUUACCUUUCAGAAGUAAAAGCUAUAUAAUUAAUCAAACAAUCAAAGUUUAUUAGAAGAAGCUGGUACAGUUGAACCUUCACUAAAGGCCAUUUCCACAAUGGCCACCUCUCUACAACAGCCGCUUUAUUAUUUUGGUGAACACCAUACACUGACUCUUGUUUAACCCUCUCUACAAUGGCCACUUUCUUCCGUCCCAUGGAGGCCGUUGUGCAGAGGUUCAACUGUAUCCUUAAAUUGAGGAAACUUACACAGUUCAUUUUAUUGUUUUAGGUAAAAGAAGGUGAUGAAAUAGAUCUCACCUUAUCUAAAGAAAGCGAUGAAGUUGAACUGUCCCGGUUUAGGGUUUUGGCAAUUGACAAAAAUCAAACAAAGAAAAACAAACGGCGUCUGAGUGGCAUUAGAUUUUCGAGGAUUUUAAUGGCAAGGAAAGAAUUUGAUGAACAUUAUACCCAGUCUGGUGACUGA